GUGAAAUGCAAUGAAGAAGGACGGUAAGAGCAGCUGUAGAUAGAUAGCCUAUAAACAUAAAUUUUCCUUUCUUUCGGUGUUACUGUUACUGUUACUGUUAGUGUAGUGCAGUGCAGUAAUAAUGUAAAGCUCAAUGAAGAGACCUAACAAACAUGUAUAAAUACACAUCGUCGUCGUUGUAGUGACAGUGUGUUAAAGAAGAGUUCAUGUGUGUGCAAGUUGGGGAGACUUUUCUUCUCCCUCGAACGGCUGGUCGCACCGAUUGAGAAAUAAGGUCGCAUUUGCCAAAAAGCCUUGGUGGGUAAAGGAGAAGACAAACGCCAGUGUCACUCACCAAUUUUUAGGGAUUCAGGAUGAUCUAAUAGUUCAUGAUUGUCGUCUGUCUGCAAAGACCUGGACAUGUGGAAGAACAUGCUCUUGCAUUUGUUUCAUAGUAAAUAAGUCACAGCUGUUCAUUUGAAUUGUGAUGCAUGCAUCUUUGAAUCUGCUGUGACCCUGAAGCUCAAAAUGGAUCUUCUCAUCUUGGUCCUAUGUAUGAGGGAUUGAACAUCGGGUAUAUAAACGAGAUGGCCGAUAUGGCUGUAGAUUGGGAUACGGUAGCAGAAACCGUCCACUUUGAGCAGCCUGCUGUUUCUCUGGUCAAUUCAUCAGACGGAGAUGAUGGUCAUGUGAAGGUGUCUCCUGGGUCUGAGUGGGAAAAUGGCAGCGAACACCCUCAUGAAUACUUGGAUGACAUGGAAGCUGAAGAAAGUAAAGAACAAAAUGAAAACAAUUCCACAACUGAAGACCUCAGUGAUGACCACGAGGAAAAUCAUGCUAAAGAUAGACUUGAGAAAAAAUUGGAAAAAGAGCCAUCAAUGGACGGAGAGUCUAAAUCUUGCAAUGCUGGAGCUGGGAAAAAAGGAAAACCCAAAAGAAGUGGAUUAGGGCAGGGUUUAUGCGAUCAGACAGCAUUAUUGACCUCUACGUUCUCCAUGUCGCAGAAGUCUUUCCUCUCAUCCUCUGGGCCAAACCGACACAAGCAGGUCAGAAAACGAAACCAUUACAUGCACAAUCAUGGCCGCACACGACAGAGAAACGGACUCCAGCUUGUCGUAACAUGUCGAGAUUUUGUGGCAGAAUCCAUCAGCCCGUGGUGUAUUUCCUGCAUCCAUAUGAUUGUAGAGCUCAUCAUCUCUUUAACCCACCGCUGCGGGAUUGCUGUGGAAUCGUCAGCGAUUGCUCUGUAUGAGUUUGGAGCGCACUUGUUCUGGAAGGUCACUGAUGUUCCCGGCAUGACGGAAGAUUUGAGGCGAAUCCUUGACUGGAGCCGCCAUUUAACUGUAGCUUUAAUAGAGCGUGUCAGCAGGACUGCAGGUUCGGCUCAACAGUCCCUGGUCUCCGGCAUGGGAACUCUCGGUGUUGCUGUGUGCAGCACCUCUCAGAUAAUGAGCCGUGUCUUGGUGAGGCUGGCAGGGGAGCGAGGCAGAAAAUGGUGGCUUUCCCUUCAGUGCAGCAGGCUUUUCAGAAGAGUGUCUGAGGUGACCAUUAGAAUCCGCAGGCUUUGCUUUGAUGGAGGCGUCAUGAAUGAAAUCUCAAAUCCAGAGUCUUCCAACAGAGGGGCGGAGAAAUGUCAGCCUGAAGAAGAGCUCCAGAGACUGCUGGCCCUGGCCAAGAUCCCUGAAGAAGAUUUGGACCCGUUCAGUGUUCUGGGAGUGGAUAUUAACGCAACUGAAUCUGAGCUGAAGAGAGCUUAUAGACAGCUGGCUAUACAGAUUCAUCCAGACAAAAACAAGCAUCCGGGUGCUGAUGAGGCUUUCAAGGUUUUAAGGGCUGCGUGGGACAUUGUCAGUAACCCAGAAACACGUCGAGAGUAUGAACUGAAGCGGAUGGCAACCACAGAGCUUUCAAAGUCCAUGAAUGAUUUCUUGGCCAAAUUGCAGGAUGACUUGAAAGAGGCCAUGAACACCAUGAUGUGCACUAAAUGUGAGGGCAAGCACAAGCGCUUCGAGAUGGAACGUGAAGCCAGCGAAGCCCGCUUCUGUGCUGAAUGUAAGAAGUGGCACAGUGCUGAGGAGGGAGAUCUGUGGGCUGAAUCUAGUAUGCUGGGUCUGCGAAUCACAUACUUUGCUUUUAUGGAUGGCAAAGUCUUUGAUGUCACUGAGUGGGCAGGCUGUCAACGGAUAGGCAUCUCUCCAGACACGCACCGUGUGCCCUAUCAUAUCUCAUUUGGCUCCAAAAGUAGCAGCAGCGCCACCCGGCACAGAUCCCCUCCAGAUCAUCCAGGCGGUGGUGCACCCGCAGAGAUGCAAGACUUCUUUAGCAGCUUCUUCCAGGGCGGAGUUCCUAAUAAUGUAUCAGCCAAUGGAGGCUUCUUCUCUGAAGGAACACCAUCUAAUCAGGGUUUCAGAGCUGCCGCUGGGACUGCAGGAAUGUUUUCAGGAUCUCCUCCACAAACAGGGUUCUUUAGCUCAGCGACCCAACGGAGCGAGCCCAACGAACACUGGACUGAGGGAGGAAAGCCGCUGCGUCGACGUAAGAAAGUCCGCAAGCCAUUCCAUCACUGAAUGGGGCAGUGAUUGACAGCGAGAGCUAGUGGGAUGAAUCGCUGCCCGUGGACACGUUUUUACCUAAUGCAAAAAAAAGAAAAAUCUUUUGACCUCAGAAAAGCAGUUCAGUUCUUUGUGAAGCAUCUGAUAAAGUCUGAAAUGGCCACGUUGAUUUUCAGCAGAGGUGCAGGAAAAAGAUCUUGCUGAUUGAAGUCACUUUUUUCCUUUUUUUGUGUACAAUUGAACAGAGAUUAAAAUCACAUUCUGUCUUUCCUAAGCAGAAUGUUAUUUGUUUUCGUUGAAAUUGAAAAAGUAAAUCCGUUGAGUAAUAGUCAGGAGUGUGGCAGUGUGUUUGGUGAUGCCAUCACUAUAGUCACGCUAAUCUAACACUCUUCCGAGGUCUUGGAGUCUUUAAUUAUGAGCUGAGAAGUUACAACAUUUCGUAUAAAACAGCCAGGUUUAGAAAAUGGUACUCCAGGACCAGGAUUGGGAAACACUGUUUUAGGAUAUAGUUGAAAUCGCACACAGACCUCAGGGAUUGCAUCUGCAUAAAUCAGAGUGCAGGAGAAGACCCAGAUUUCCCCUUCUUUCUGGGAUUUUACAUUGCUCAUGACAUCUGAGGAAUCAUUAUCCUGUUUUUGAAGCCUCCAUAAUUAGCAGAUUCAUGUUGAAGCCUAUGGUUUGGUUUAUUGAAGUGGAUGUAAUUAUUUUAUCUUAACAGGAUGUUGGGUGUGCUAAUAAUACGUAAGGAUUACAAGAUAUACAUGACUUGGAAUGAUGGUAUUUGUGAAUUCCUUGAAAGAAUCAUUUUGUCUUAAUGUUCAGUUUGUUUUUGUUGAUUAUAAGAGUUUAUAAAGGGAAAGUAAAAUGUUUGACAUUCAAGUUAAAGCACAACUAGCUGAUUAAUAACAUCACGUAUUAUGAAGAAGUGAACACAUAAAGGUCUGGUUUCAUACAUUUUCAUUUAUCAACUCAAGACACCCCAAACUGUGUCCCUUUAACAGCAAGUCCACUUUGUAACACUCAGGAACCAUCCAAACCUAACAAUUCAUGCUCCAUUUUUGAUGCUCACUUGAAUUGUAUUAUUUUGAUUUAGACGCUGUAUUGCAUUUAAGACACUGCCUUCUCUUUCUAAAGACCAGGUUCAAAGCAUAUUUACAUAUACAUAUGCUUUCAACUUCAUCUUUAGAACGAGAGAAGAUAAGCUGUCUGAAAUGCUGUACUGAUAUUACUUCAUAUGUGUUCAGUGUCUUAAGCUUCCGCUCGUGAGGAAAACACUGGUCAGCAGGUAAAGUUCCACAUAAUAAAAUGAACCCCUCAAGUAAGGAUUAACCCAAACAAAAUUCAUAAUACAUGACUGCUUCUGUUAUUUGUAACAGAAAUGUUAAGAUUUAUCUUCAGUUUGGUUACCUUUCUUAAUUGAGCUGUUUAACCGAAACCACAAACAAGGCCAAAUACAGCUUCAUUUCUAUUCAAAACCGAUCACUGAAGUGCUUCAAUAAAACUUGAGUCAUUACCCUUAGUUUAUGUUGGUAUUUCUCUAAUUUCCAUGGAAAUUAUUUCCAUUAAACAAAACAACAGAUCGCCA